CAAACUCCCCCACAUCAGCGAAAACGCGUUCAGUUUCAGUGCCACACCAAUUUCCUCCUCGAAAUUCAGAUCCGUUAACUAACACCAAAAAUCUUCGCUUUUUGCGUUUCUGUUGGAGGGUUUUUGUUUUUCUCAGCGACCCAUCCACGAUCUUCUUCUGGGGUUUGGGAAAACCUCAGUGCUUUGUUUCGGUUGCACUGAGAUUCAGAAAGGGUGAUGGUGAAAACGGAGGUUGAGAAGAGGGGUAGUGGAACGCGAUGGGUUUGGGUUGUGGUUGCUAUCAUCGCUGUGUUUGUUGCCAUUGCCAUGUCUUCCAAAACUUAUCCCAGAAUAGCUCUCUUUGGAGCCAUUGAUAGAGCAUGUCAGUGUGCUAGGGGUACACCAAAGUAUAGUGGCAUGGUGGAGGAUUGUUGUUGUGAUUAUGAAACUGUGGACCAUCUUAAUGAGGAAGUGUUGAACCCAUCCCUCCAAGAGCUUGUGAAAACCCCAUUCUUUCGAUAUUUUAAGGCUAAGUUAUGGUGUGACUGCCCUUUCUGGCCUGAUGAUGGUAUGUGCCGGUUGCGGGAUUGUAGUGUAUGUGAAUGCCCGGACAGUGAAUUCCCUGAAUCAUUUAAGAAGCCCCAUCGCCUUUCAUUGAAUGAUCUUGUUUGUCAAGAAGGAAAACCUCAGGCAGCUGUUGACCGGACUUUAGAUAGUAAAGCUUUCAGAGGAUGGACAGAAAUAGACAAUCCAUGGACAAAUGAUGAUGAGACUGACAAUGAUGAGAUGACAUAUGUGAAUCUUCAACUGAAUCCUGAAAGAUACACUGGUUACACUGGUCCAUCUGCAAGAAGGAUAUGGGAUGCUGUCUACUCUGAGAACUGCCCCAAAUAUCCAUCUCAAGAGUUAUGCCAGGAGAAAAAGAUUUUGUAUAAAUUGAUAUCAGGUCUUCACUCCUCCAUAUCAAUUCAUAUAGCUGCUGAUUAUCUACUUGAUGAAGCUACAAAUUUGUGGGGCAAAAAUCUUAGCUUGAUGUAUGAUCGAGUACUAAAAUACCCUGAUCGUGUCACAAAUUUGUAUUUCACUUUUCUCUUUGUCUUGCGAGCAGUAACCAAAGCUGCAGAUUAUCUGGAACAGGCUGAGUACGAUACUGGUAAUCCUAACGAGGACCUUAAGACACAAUCCUUGAUAAAACAACUACUCUACAACCCCAAGCUUCAAUCUGCAUGUCCAGUUCCAUUUGAUGAAGCUAAGCUGUGGAAAGGCCAAAGUGGACCUGAGCUAAAGCAGAAAAUUCAACAACAAUUCAGAAACAUCAGUGCAUUGAUGGAUUGUGUAGGUUGCGAGAAGUGUCGAUUGUGGGGAAAGCUUCAGGUUCUUGGUCUUGGAACUGCAUUAAAGAUUCUCUUCUCUGUUGAUGGUCAAGAAAACUUGGGUCAGACCCUGCAGCUGCAAAGGAAUGAAGUAAUUGCAUUGAUGAAUCUUCUCAAUCGACUUUCUGAAUCUGUCAAAUUCGUUCAUGAAAUGGGACCUACAGCUGAAAGAAUCAUGGAAGGACAUCUUUCUGCUCAUACAAAAAUGAUUAGCUCAUUGAAAAAAAUUUGGUCCUAUGUACUUAAAACUUAGGCAGCAAUCGGUGACAGUUCUUUUUUUUUUUUUAUGAUUCACAUUACUCCAGAGAUUAGGCUUAGGAAACCAUGCUCUAAAUUUUCACAGGAAGGAUGUAAAAGAAAUGUAUGUAAAAUAUCUCGAAUCUGAAAAUAAAUAUUUGAAUACAGAGGGCAAAAAACUGAAAUUAAUAGAAGAUAC